AUGCGUGCUCCAGAAGGAUACAAGGUUCCAAAAGAUGGAAUGGUGUGUCGCUUGAAGAAGUCACUUUAUGGAUUGAAGCAGGCGUCUCGUAACUGGUAUUCAAAACUAUCUCAAACACUUGAGAAAUAUGGGUUUCAAGAAUCACAUGCAGAUCACAGUUUAUUCACUUACUCAAAAGGAGAUACUUUCUUGGCUGUAUUGAUCUAUGUUGAUGACCUUGUGAUUACCGGAAAUGACAGUUUG